AUGUCUAACACGCCCAGUACGGAUGACGAACCAGAUCUUUCUACGCUAGAAUCCACUCUCAACAGCUUUCGCCAAGCUAGCAAUACUGCGGAGGCUCCAAUCCAUUCCGAGGUCCCCGUCCUCCCCCUACGAUCAAACAGUCCAAAUCCAUGGGCGGAGGAACUACCGAGGCUUGAGAUAAAGCCAGUUAGCACGCCGGAUCCGGCUUGUCGAGAAGAGACAUCCAUCUUUAGGCGGUCAAGUGAAGAGGCAGCAAACGUGGUACCCCCCGGAGACGUGCUGCGCGAGUUUGACCCGCUUUCGGAUCAGCAAGAGCUCGAUGCGCAUUGUGCUUGGGCAGGUACCGAGGGCCAUCCACCGCCAGAUGUCUCGCCGCAGAGCGCGAAUGGGAGCCCCGGUCGUUCACGGUCACCUUCACUCGAUCUAUCUCUUAACGAGGCAACGCCCCCAUCUCGACCAAGCACUCCUGGAUCACAGGUUCCUUCUGCAUCACCAUUCCCUUCUCUUGCGGCCAUCGCCCGCACUUUCUCUAUACCCGGUGUCGCAAGGACAACGAGACCAAGACCGACAUCGAUGGACACAGCUAAACCUAUCGCACCGCCUACACCCCGCACAGUCGCUUCUUUUGCUGCUCAGCAGCAGCAGCCACCUUGUUCCCAACCCAGCUCCUCAUUGCCUUUGUCAAAUCAAGCACCAGUUCAGGAGGAAAAGAACAUCGAGGAGAGCCGGGGCACGCAGGAUCAGGAUCGUCAGUCAUCUACACCUACUAAUUCAGGGAGCGGAUCAGAAGUCCCGCGUAAAGACAAGGAUCCAUCAUUUGACUUCCAAAAGUUCUUGGAUCAAAUGAAGUCGAGGAGCGCGGAGCCGGUGGCGAAGUUUCUGAGAUCAUUUCUCAGCAACUUUGCCAAGAGAACGUUCACCGUUAAUGACCAAGUCAAGAUCAUAAAUGAUUUCCUCAACUUCAUCUCCAGUAAGAUGCGAGAAACAGAUAUUUGGCGGAACGCCAGCGAUGUCGAGUUUGAUAACGCUAUGGAGGGGAUGGAGAAAUUAGUAAUGAACAAGCUCUACGACUUUACAUUUACCCCCAACCUUCCACUGCUCAACCCGCCACGACCAGUCACAGCUGAUGAUCUCGAACGAGAUAGAGUUUUGUCGCAGCGAAUUGUGCUGUUCCAAUGGGUGAUGCCUUCUCAUCUUGACGCGGCUGAGCUGGAGAACGACGAUCCUGCCGUUAUGGGGUUCUUGGACUUCGCGCAACAAGAGUUGUGCAAAGUCAACCACUACAAGGCACCCAGAGAUAAGCUCAUAUGUAUUCUAAACUGCUGCAAGGUUAUUUUCGGUCUACUCCGCCAUUUGCACAAGGACGAAGGGGCAGAUUCGUUCGUUCCGAUUUUGAUUUAUGUAGUCCUCAAAGCAAAUCCCGACCAUCUACUAUCCAAUGUAGAGUUCGUCAACCGUUUUCGAAACCCGGUCAAAUUACAGAGUGAGGCGGGGUAUUACCUCUCGAGUUUGAUGGGAGCAGUCCAAUUCAUUGAAACCAUGGACCAUACCUCACUAUCCAACAUUACCCAAGAGGAGUUCGAACGUAACGUCGAAGCAGCGAUCCGUUCAUUACCGCCCUCACUACCCACAUCACCAACUUCAUCCGCUUCCUCUUUGAGUCCAUCAAUCCUUGCGCCAUCGCGAAGCUCUCAUGCAGGAGAGGAAUCCGCUCAACCUCUUACCAUUCGUACUCCUUCGGAAGCCCACGCCCAGAGCCUGUCCGAGGACGCUCGCCGACUCUUACAGAAAACUGGUGAUGCUGUGUCCAAGCCACUUAACGCGAUCAGCCGCAUUUUCAGCGAGGCCUUUGACGAGAAGAUGGCGUACCUUCCAGGGCCGUUCGCUCCGUUGGAAUUGGCGAGGGAACGUACCCGUGAGGGAGCUGGCGAAGGGAGCGGGAGUCGCAGGACUACGGUUGAUCAUUCUGUGCCGGAAACGCCUGCGAGCGGAGACAAUUAUGGGCAACCUUUACAGACGCCGUAUAAACCACGAGUGCGCAAGGUGUCGGCUGUAUCUCCCACCCCGUCCUUCGUGAAUGAGGGAACCCCAACCAGACCCAGAUCCUUUCAGGGCGGUCCUUACACGAAUCAACCCCUUGCACUUGGCCCCUCGCAAAGUGUCCAAGCACCAUCAUGGUCCCGUCCCCUCAAUCCAUUCCCUCAGCACCUGCAACCUCCAAACCAACCACAGCACAUCUCUCGGACACCAACGCCUUCUCUUGAUCUUACUGCUGUCCAGGCUGAGAUCGACAGAGCACACGCACACGCGAGCGCAGCGUCCCGUGCUACUCUUGCACAGAUCUUCCCCGGAAUGGACGCCGAGGUUCGGGAAUGGGUACUAGAAGCUAACGGAGGUGACCUCGGGAAAAGUAUUGAAGCACUGCUUGAGAUGAGCGCUGCUUCUUAG